AAUUCUGGGAAACACUUCCCCAUCUGUUACUUGGGAUAUCAGGAAAAAAAACACAGGUUUUCCCAGCACUAAGGUGUUGGUGAAUAUUGGCAGGAAACUGAAAUUGCAGUGAUGUUCUUAUUGUGGCAAUGUUGUCGGAGAUCAAUUGCCAACAAUAAGGAUAUCACCCUGGAUAUUUCAAGGAUUUAAAUGAGUUUGGGAUCUGGAUAUGCCUGGGUUAACAUAGCGGCGGGAAGGGGAAGAAGAUGAACUGCUUUUCGUGUUGUAUGCCCAGGGAAGGGGGUGGUGAGAGAAAUUCAAUGAAGAAGAGCUAUGGAGAAAACAAGUUCUCAUCAUUUGCCAACAUUUCUAUGAAAUCUGAUAGUAGCAGGAAGAGAUACAUAGAUGAAGAGAUUGGGAAAUUUGGAAAAGAUCAUGUUUCUGCUCAUGCUUUUACAUACCAAGAACUCACUGAUGCAACUCAGAACUUCAACCUCGAAUCUUUGCUUGGCGAAGGCGGUUUUGGGAGGGUCUACAAAGGCCAUCUCGAGAGCAGAAACAAAGAUGUUGCUGUCAAAAAACUAGACAGGAAUGGCCUUCAGGGCAACCACGAGUUCCUCGUGGAGGUUCUGUUGUUGAGCCUUCUUCACCACCCUAACCUCGUGAACUUGGAAGGGUAUUGCUGUGAUGGCGAGCAUCGAAUAUUAGUAUACGAGUUCAUGUCGAAAGGCACCCUGGAAGAUCAUCUUCUUGACCUAAAACCAAAUAUUGAGCCACUAGAUUGGUUAACAAGGAUGAAGAUUGCUCAGGGAACAGCGAAAGGGCUCGAGUAUUUGCACGAAACAUCUAACCCCCCAGUGAUCUACCGCGACUUUAAGGCAUCCAACAUACUUCUAGACGAAAACUUCGACACCAAACUCUCUGAUUUUGGGCUAGCUAAGUUAGGUCCAACGGGUGACCAGUCUCAUAUCACCACCAGGGUGAUGGGAACCUAUGGGUAUUGCGCGCCCGAGUACGCGAGCACUGGCCAGCUUACCACAAAAUCUGAUGUGUACAGCUUCGGGGUCGUGUUUCUGGAGUUGAUAACCGGGAAACGAGUGAUUGACAACUCGAGGCCCAGCGAGGAACAGAACUUGGUCUUGUGGGCACAGCCAUUGUUCAAAGACAAAAGCAAGUUUCACUUGAUGGCAGAUCCACUGCUGGGAGGGAAGUAUUCACCCAAGGGACUACACCAGGCCCUCGCCAUCGCGGCAAUGUGCCUGCAAGAGGAGGCAGAAACGCGGCCUUACAUGAGCGACGUCGUGUCUGCUCUGCACUUCCUCUGCAGGCCCGAUGGAGGCGAAGGCGGUGCACCACCCGAGGGCAGUUGAGACUACUGGCCAAUGAUGUUACACACACACAUACUAAGAGCUCCAAUUCUUGUCAUCGACUUCUUGAUUUUGUGGUCGAGUCGAUUUUCUGGUCAGACCACGAGGUGUCAUUCUGUUUUUUGUGAUUGAGGUUUUUUGCAAACUUGUUAUCUCAUAUAAGUUAGAGUUUACAAGAUCAGAAGAGGUAUACUUGGCUAUG